CUUCUCUCUCUUUCACUUUCCUCUCCCUCUCUUCUUUGAAAACCCACAAAUUUCUCUCGCUAAAUCAUCAAAACUAAAAGUCGAAUCUUUAAAACUUUAGAGCUAAAACUUCAAUGGAAGAGGUAAAAUCACACAAGAAAGUUGUGAAGGUGAAUAUAUUAGAUUCUGAAGAGGAAGUUGCAAUUGAAUUAGCCAAAUACGUCGCUAAUUUGUCCCAAAAGUUUGUUAGUGAAAGAGGCGCUUUUACCGUUGUUCUUUCUGGGGGAUACCUCAUCGACACUCUCAGGAAAUUGGUGGGGCCGCCAUACGUGGAUUCAAUUGAUUGGUCAAAAUGGCAUGUGUUUUGGGUUGAUGAAAGAGUUGUUCCAAGAGAUCAUCCUGACAGCAACUAUAAGCUUGCCUUUGAUGGUUUCAUGUCUAAGGUGAAGACACCCCAACAAAUUAGAGACAAUAUGGCAUCUUCAUUUCACUCUCUCUCCCACGCAACUCCCACUACUAGAUUUUCAACAACUACAAAUCAAUCUCCCCUUAUUUCCCUCAAAAACCCACAAAUUUCUUUCACUAAAGCUUCAAACUUUACUCUCAGAUUGAAUCAAGUUUCUGCAAUUCCAAAGCUUUCUUCAAAAUUCAAAGCAAAAUCAUCAAUGGCAGAGGUGAAAUCAUCUCAAAAAGAUUCUCCUAAUGUCAAUAUAUUUGAUUCUGAAGAACAAGUGGCUUUUGAAUUGGCAAAAUAUACUGCCAAUUUGUCAGACAAGUUUGUCAGAGAAAGAGGCGCUUUCACUGUCGUUGUUUCUGGAGGUUCUCUCAUCAAAUCUCUCAGGAAAUUGUUAGACAAACCAUACGUGGACUCAAUUGAUUGGUCGAAAUGGCAUGUGUUUUGGGUUGAUGAGAGGGUUGUUCCUAAGGAUCACCCAGACAGUAACUACAAGCUUGCAUAUGAUGGUUUCUUGUCUAAGGUACCUAUCCCCCCUGGGCAAGUCUAUGCCAUCAAUGACGCCCUCCCAACUGAGGCCGCAGCCGAUGAUUACGAAACCGGACUCAAACAAUUGGUGAAGACCAAUAUAAUAGCAACCUCAUCGACGAGUGGUUUCCCUAAAUUUGACGUGAUGCUCCUUGGUAUGGGUCCUGAUGGACAUGUUGCUUCUUUGUUCCCAGGUCAUCCUCUUGUCAAGGAGAAUAAGAGAUGGGUUACUUCUAUAAAAGACUCCCCGAAACCACCACCGGAGAGAAUCACUUUCACCUUCCCUGUAAUCAAUUCCUCAGCCAGCAUUGCUCUCGUAGUGUGUGGGAGUGGAAAAGCCGCGGUAGUAAAGACAGCACUAGGAGAAAAUCAAAGCUCUGAUUUGCUGCCUGUUCAAAUGGUUUCUCCUGAAGGGGAACUGAAGUGGUUUUUAGACAAGGAAGCAGCUGGAAUGUUGUAGAUCUUGGCAUGUCUUUAGUUGAUACAUGUACUCGUCAGGCCUCGGAUGUGUGUGUGUGUGAGAAAACUAUUUUUUGCAGAAUAAAUUUGGAGUUUUUGUGGCUUUGUAUUAGAUUUGUUGUUGUGAACUUGAUACUGAUUAUCAGUAUAAUAAUACUACUCCCCAGCAAUAUAGGAGAAAUUAACA